AUGCAGUUUAUCAGGGCAAUAUCUGACCAUCUCUUCAGCUCCCCUCCUCAACCGCGCGCAACAUCUCCCCCUCCUCUCAACCCUCCUCUCCCAUCGUCCAAUACGGCCUCUGAGCCGCCUGUGAGGAAUGACAUUGCCUCUGCCCCAGAAGGCUCAGAAUUCGCUCCGGUUGACUCGUCUACCGAAAAACUUUCACCUCAUAGCUAUGCCAGGAGCUUUGAACCCGAUCGGAGACCUCCAUCUAUACGUCGACUGUUGCGCAAUUCCGUCGCCCACCCAGGAUUAGGGAUGCCGAAGCCAUCCCGGGAGAGGGACCCAAUCCGUAAAGGUACCUCUUUCAAUAAAGAUGAAUACAGGUUACUAGGUGGUAACAGGCCGCAAGACCCUCAUGGGGUUCCGAUAAUCCCAGGACAAACGGCAAAUGCCAAGAAGAAGAAUAUCAAUAUUGGGGGUUUCAGACCUCACGACUCUUUAUCAAAGGGGUCGCGAUCGAGUGGGCCGGUGCGUGCUAGGGGAAAGGAAAGGGAACCGUACUUCAGCAGCCCGUCUCGCCCGAAACACUUUACAAACACCCCGGAGAGAUCAUCGAAACGUCGCCGAGUUGAGAGUCCAGAAGAAACACCUAAACGAAGAACCACUCCAGGCGAGGAAGCUCCAGAUCGGUCCCCAGUCAGGCGUUCUCCGAGCGUAAUUCGUUUAGACGCGCGUUCGCCAACACCAAGCCAGGUCUCCGGUCAAGCGAAACAACCGCGGGAUGCCAACAGCGGCGGGACAUCAGGGCACCGAACAAGUGAUAAAGACGCAAGUAAUUCCAAGUCUAACCCUAAGAAGAGCACCAACCACCACCAUCGCUUUUCUUCGGAUGACGAGGACCUUAGUUUUACUCGCGACGCAGCCAAGGAAAGACAAAAAGGACCGACCAUUACAACUGAGGACUUUGACUUCGUCCCACGAAAGCUACCGGGACAAACGCCGAAUCUCAGCGUGGAAAUAGUGAAAAGGCCAUCGCUCAUCGACGACAGUGCUGCUAAAAGCCCCCCACCACGUCGGUCCGGGAAAGCACGUGCAUCUUAUUCAAGGGAAAGUCCUGAUGAGCUGCAAGGGGAGGUGACAGUCAAACCAGUGCCAGCUUCCCUGAGCAAUCCUCGAAGAGAUCUACCGAGUACAAAUACUUCUUCCGAUAUUCGGCCCACAGUCUUCUUAUCUAACGAGAAACCGAAACGUGGGCAUAAAAACAAGAGGGAAAAGUCGUCUAAGAAGCGCCACCCAGCAUCCCAGAGAUUUAAAAUCUUAUAUUAUCGAGGAACCCCUUGGUUACUGGAUGACCUAGGCACCGAGACUGACCAACUCAUUGUUGAUCCUGCCAGUGGUGUACUAACCAUCAAAAUAGCCAAUUCUGGAAUUGUUCGUUCGAUCUCUCUCAAGACAGUGCUGAAGGUCUUGGUAGGAGACUCAUCAAGCCGCAAAGUCCGGUUCGAAUUGUCCAAGGUGGAAGGGCAGGAUACAAAACUCGACCUUGAGCUGUCCUCUUCAGAGGAAAAAGAAGGACUUUGCUCCUUGCUUGAGAAGCUCCAGGUUGACGUACAAGAGAAGGAAGAGGGCUAUAUAGAUCGGGUUUUCAAAAAGAGCGAACGGGAUCAUAAACGCUUCGCUGGAACAACAAACGGGCAUAAACGCCCGCUCGGUCUGGUAGAAGAUACGGAAGAAGCCCCUAGCCCGCCCUCGGUUACAACUAAAAGAAUGAGGCUGUCAGACGCACUCCAGGACAAGGAUGAAAAUUUCGAUGCGCAAAAGAGCUCAAAAACUACUGCAGAGAAAUGUGACAGCCCCUCGUUUCCCGCAACCACGCAUGACGAGGUUCCCAAUUCCGGCCGCGCUUCAAGCCCUGCAUCUGGUCCGCAACACAGCAUAGGUGUUGAAAUUUCGGUGAAGAAAUUCAAUCAAAACUUACAACCCCCCACGCGUUCAACGAGAUCAAUGGCGCGGCAAGCACCGACUGCCCUAGUUUGCGACGACGACGAUGGUCCUGGCGACGAGUAUACACCCGAACUAGAUCAUGGCGUUGACAAGAAAAUGAAUAAGAAACCUCUCGUGUACCCUCGAUUCGGGAGGAAAAAGGCCGAAGUGAACGCGUUGGACAUGGAGAGACUUGCGCCACACGAGUUUCUCAACGACAACAUCAUCGGCUUUUACAUACGUUUCCUCGAAGAUCACCUCCAGCGGUGUAAUGCAGAAGUAGCGAAGCGGGUUUACUUCUUCAACUCGUACUUCUUCGCAAGGCUUACCAAUUCUCCCAGGGGCAGGCGCAGCAUUAAUUAUGAGGGCGUUGAGAAAUGGACUCGAAACGUCGACUUAUUCAGCUACGACUACAUAGUCGUACCGAUCAACGAGGACGCGCAUUGGUACCUUGCUAUCAUAUGCAACCUUCCGUACUUGGAGGGGAUCAUGGACGGGAGCAAACCUCCUGUCUCUCAACAGCUCAGCGACAACCAAGAAAUACCGGAGACGCCAGAGCCUUCUCUGUAUGGGCAGGAUGGAGCUCAACGGGCCACCAAAGAGGAAACGGCCAGGCAAUCGUUAGCCUCUAUGGAUAUUUCCGACAAGCAAGGAGGACACGAGGAGGGGUCAAAACGAGGCGAGGAAGAAUGGCCAGAGCAUGAAGAGAAUCCAGAUCUAGCCCCGGCAAAAUUUUCCGAUUUCUCAAGCCAGCCACAGCCCGACUCCCAAAAAUCGGCUGGAUCGCCGAAGAAAUCACGCAAGUCAAAGAAGCGGGCACCAACUGGCAUGAAAUACGAUGCUUGUCAGCCAAUCGUCAUUACUUUCGAUUCGCUGAAUCAAAGCCGCUCCUCCACCAUCAGCAAUCUCCGCGAGUAUCUCUUUGCAGAGGCAAAGUCCAAGCGAGGUAUUGAAAUCAACAAGACACUGAUAAAGGGCAUGACUGCAAAGGAAAUCCCACAACAGCCAAACUUUUCCGAUUGUGGGCUUUAUCUUUUAGCCUACCUUGAGAAAUUCGUUCAGGACCCGGAUAUAUUCACCAGGAGACUCCUGCGAAAAGAAAUGCGCUCUAUAGAGGACUGGCCUCCGUUACAAUCCGGUCUCCUACGGACCAGGCUGCGUAAAUUCAUGGAACUGCUGUAUAACGAGCAAGAGCAGCUCACCAAGGCCAAAGCGGACCAGGAUAUCUUGAUGGUAGACCAGCAACCAAUAUCCUAUCUACUCGGUACUCUGGCUACGGACGUUGUGAAGGAAAAGGUCAAAAAUGAAAAGAGGAACAGCCCAGACGUGCAAGUGGAACGUUCACCAUCACCCAGUACGAAAACAACGAAACCUGCCAGAAGUCGUGAAUCGUCGGUGCAACCGAAGAGCCACGAACCUGACAUCCAGCAUGGCCAAAACACCGCCAACGCUGAAACGCAAGAAUCAGUGGUAUUCAUCGACCACAAACCCAGAUCACACGCAAUAUCCCCCAAGCGUGAUGCACAAGAUCAAUCUGCUAAGCGCGUGGUCGUUGAGGUACCGGAUAGCCAAGACCAGGCUAGGGCACCAUCAACCGAUGCUGCGCAGAUAAUUGAACGUCGCUCCCCUCAACAACAGCGAAAGCGCACAGGUCCUGUAUAUGUCGACGACGGUGACGUCGUAGAAGACUCCGCUCCGCGGCGAAAAGAGACCGGGGCGCGAAGAGCGGAGUCAGCAGACGUUGAAAUACAAGUUCGCGGCACACCACCGCCAAAUGCCAAAUAA